AUUUUCUUCAGCCUCGUCGUGAUGCAGGAACAGAAUACUCGUCAGGAACGAGACACGACACCGAAAUUCCGAUUCCCACGGUUGAGAACGUGUUGAUUUGCACGCAAACAAAGCGCGUGAAAGUGCUGCGAAGCGAUAGUGUCAACAGCGUCGACGAUGUGGCAGUCGAGUCUGAUUCUGUCCUUGCGUCAGAUAGACGAACCAGAGACGUGAAUGUGGGUUUCGCGCUUCUGGUGUUUCACCUGCUCACCGGACAGCGAUUUGGUGCGGCCAGAACCACCAUGGAACAAGAAGAAGCGCAAGGAAAAGAACGAGAAGAGCAUGUUGAUCACGGGAUACUUCUUUUUCCGCAGAAGCAGCUCGAAAAAAAGCUGUUUGAAAUGAUGCAGUGCUUGGAAGGCGGUCCUGGUUCUUGUGUGAAACAAGCAGAGGAAGGAGGUGACCACCACGUGGAAAGAGGACCACUAGCGCAGCAGCGCACGACGAGCGCUCCAACAUCUGCUCUCGACCUUGGCACAAAGGGGAAAACCCUGGGCCCGAAAACACUGGACUUUAUCGCAUCGAUUCUUCUCUACUCGACGACGAACCGCUACGAAUCGGUCUCGGAACACCGACGGGCUGCCGGCUGUGCGCGUGCCUCUACAAGAACGCUAAAAGCCGCUUGCAAGAACGCGGCGG